GGGGAGAAGGAGGGAGAGGAAGCGGCAGAGGCAGCAGCUCCUUUGAUAAGCAGCUUCCUGAACACUUUCAAACCGUGGUGUCAGACCGACACGCGUGGUGGCUGCAGGGCCUGUGCCGGGACCAACGGAGCCCACCCCGUGGGGCAGCAGUUGCUUCUCCUCCGAUGGCUCCUGGAUCCACUGGGAACUGAGGACCCCCGGUGUCCACUUGCUGUGCUUCAGGACGAGGGCUUUGUGGCUGCUGCAGCAUGGUACAAGCCUGCUUCGUGUGCUCCAGUGUUCAUAACGGUGGCCUGACAGCCUGGGCAGCUGGGGCAGACAGGGACCAGAUGGACAAGUCCAGUUCCUCUGCCAAGAAGCACGUGAGGCUUCAAGAGAGGAGGGGCUCCAACGUGUCCCUAAUGCUGGACAUGAGCUCGCUGGGCAGCGUGGAGCCCAUCCAGCCUGUCUGCACACCACGGGACAUCACACUGAACUUCCUGAGGACGUCCAGCCAUGUGCUGAGAAGAGAGGAGCUCCAGCAACGUGCCCAGAGUCUGACACAGCUCCAGGAGGAGUUUUCGAAAAUCCCACCCAACUUUGUCAGUCCGGAGGAGUUGGAGAUCCCUGGACGUGCCUCCAAGGACAGAUACAAAACCAUCCUCCCCAAUCCUGAGAGCCGCGUCUGUCUCAGGAGGGCAGGGAACCAGGAGGAAGACAGCUACAUAAAUGCCAACUACAUCACGGGCUACGCAGGGCGGCCGCGGGAGUACAUUGCCACCCAGGGCCCCAUGCUGAACACUGUGACUGACUUCUGGGAGAUGGUGUGGCAGGAGGAGGCGCCCCUCAUCAUCAUGAUAACCAAGCUCGAGGAGCGCAAAGAGAAAUGUGUCCACUACUGGCCCGAGAAGGAGGGCAUCUACGGCCCAUUCACCAUCCGUGUGCAGGGAGUGAGUGAGUGCGUGGAGUAUGUGGUCCGCAAUCUGUCCAUCCAGCUUGAAGGUGAAUGCCGCCACGUCAAACACAUCCUCUUCCCUUCCUGGCCGGACCAGCAGACACCUGAGUCAGCCAAACCCCUCCUGCACUUGGUGUCUAAGGUGGAGGAGACUCUGCAGGCUCCAGCCAGCCCAGGGCCCAUCGUUGUGCACUGCAGUGCAGGCAUCGGCCGGACAGGCUGUUUUAUCGCUACCAGGAUCGGAUGCCAGCAACUGAAGGCCAAGGGAGAGGUGGAUAUCCUGGGAAUUGUGUGCCAUCUCCGCAUAGACAGAGGCGGGAUGAUCCAGACAAGCGAGCAGUACCAGUUCCUCCAUCAUACACUGGCUCUCUACGCUUCCCAGCUGCUGGAGCCAGGAGGCCACUAGCGCAGGGCUCCCAGCGGGCUGCUAGCUCCCCACUCCUGCCUCUCCUGCCCCGGCCUUGGGGACACUCCACUGAAACUCCUUACUGCUGCUACUGGGACAGAGAGUAGUGGUACGGACAUCCCUCCGGAUGAGCACUGCUGGGCAAACCCAUGGGGAUUUUGGCCUUGCGACCACAGGAUUUGGUGGGCUAAAUGGUGCUCGAGGUGUCUGUUGCUGCUGCCUUGAGGCACAUUUCACCCCUGGGAAGAAGCUUUGGCUUUUGAAUUUUCUUCUCAACCAGAAGGACAAACCAUGUGGAGGAGUUGAAGCUGGAUGAGCACCGGGAGUGAUUUGCCUUUUAGCUGCACAGAAAUGUUGAACCCGUUAGAGCGGAGCUGGUACAAUUUCCCUGAAAAUAAACAGAGCCUCUCUCCUGGCUGUGCAUCGUCUCUGGGCAGGGGCUGCACAGGGCGCAGGGCUGGGCUUGCUCGCAACACACACUGUGAUGCUGUUCUUCCUAAAGAUCAUAGAAUCAUAGAAUCAUAGAAUCAUAGAAUAGUUUGGGUUGGAAGGUACCUUAAAGAUCAUCUAGUUCCAACCCCCCUGCCAUGGGCAGGGACAUCCCACUGGAUCAGGCUGCCCAAGGCCCAUCCAACCUGGCCUUGAACACCUCCAGGGAUGGGGCAGCCACAGCUUCCCUGGGCAACGUGGGCCAGUGCCUCACCACUCUCAUAGUGAAGUAAUUCUUCCUUAUGUCUAGUUUAAAUCUGCCCCUCUCCGGUUUAUACCCGUUGCCCCUUGUCCUGUCACUGCAAACCCUUGUGAACAGCUCCUCUCCAGCUUUCCUGUAGCCCCUUCAGGUACUGGUAGGUCACUAUAAGAUCUCCUCUGAGCCUUCUCUUCUCCAGGCUGAACAACCCCAAUACUCUCAGACUGUCCUCGUAUGGAAGGUACUCCAGCCCUCUGAUCAUCUUUGUAGACUCCUCUGGAUCUGUUCCAACAGCUCCAUCUCCUCUUACAUUGAGGAUUCCAGAACCGGACACAAUACUCCAGAUGAAGUCUCACAAGAGAGGACUAGAGGGGCAGAAUCCCCUCCCUCGCCCUUCUGGCCACUCUGCUUUGGAUGCAGCCCAGGACACGGUUGGCCUUCUGGGCUGCAAGCGCACGUUGCCGGCUCAUGUUGAGCUUCUCAUUCCCCAGCACCCCAAGUCCUUCUCUGCAGAGCUGCUCUCAAUCACAUCAUCCCCCAUCCUGUAUUGAAAUCAGGGUUUGCCCCAACCCGGAUGUAGGACAUUGCACUUGGCCUUGUUGAACCUCAUGAGGUUUGCACAGCCCCACUUCUCCAGUCUGUCCAGGUCCCUCUGGAUGACAUCCCAUCCUUCCGGUGUGGCAACUACACCACUCAGCUUGGUGUCAUCUGCAAACUUGCUGAGGGUGCACUCAAUCUCACUGUCAAUAUCAUUGAUAAAGAUAUUGAACAGCACUGGUUCCAGUACGGACCCCUGAGGGACACCACUCGUCACAGAUCUCCAUUUGGACUUUGAGCCAUUGUCCACUACUCUCUGAGUAUGACCAUCCAACCAGUUUCUUAUCCACUGAGCAGUCCACCCACCAAAUCCGUAUGUCUCCAACUUACAGAGAAGGAUGUUGUGGAGGACCAUGUGAAAGGCUUUACAAAAGUCCAGAUAGAUCACACCCAUCGGUUUUCCUGUGUCCACUGCUGCGGUUACCCCAUCAUAGAAAGCCACCAAGUUGGUCAGACAGGAUUUGCCUCUGGUGAAGCCGUGCUGGCUGCCAUUAAUCACCUCCCUGCCCUCUGUGUGCUUUAGCAUAGCUUCUAGGAGGAUCUGUUCCAUGAUCUUCCCAGGCACAGAGGUGAGGCUGACAGGUCGGUAGUUCCCAGGGUCAUGUUUUGUACCCUUUUUAAAAAUGGGAACAACGUUCCCCUUCUUCCAGUCACCAGGGACUUCUCCUGACUGUCAUGACUUUUCAAAUAUCAUGGAGAGUGACUUGGCAACCACAUCAGCCAAUUCCCUCAGGAUGAUUUGGUACGAAAGGUGCCCAGUUGGUUGCCUUGGUUAUGCGGCCAGCUUUCCUCUCCACCUUUGGCCAACACCCUCUCAACAAUCUUUAUGUAGGUUAAGGCAGGGGAUUCUGCCCCUCUGUUCCACUCUUAUGAGACCCCACCUGGAGCCUGACGUCCAGUUUUGGAGCCCUCAGCACAGGAAGAACAUGGAGCUGUUGGAGCGAGUCCAGAGGAAGUCACAAAGCUGAUCCAAUGGCGGGAGCACCUCCUGUAUGAGGACAGGGUGGGAGAGUUGGGGUUGUUCAGCCUCGGGAAGAGAAGGAUCCUUGAAGACCUUAGAGCAGCUUCCAGCUCUGAAAGGGGCUCCAGGAAAGCUGUGGAGGGGCUCUUGGUCAGGGAGUGCAGAGAUAGGAUGAGGGGGAACAGUUUUCAGCUGAAAGAGGGGAGAUUGAGAUGACAUUUUAGGAAGAAAUGUUUCCCUGUGAGGGUGGGGAGGCCCUGGCCCAGGUUGGCCAGGUUGGAUGGGGCUUGGAGGAAUCUGAUCCAGUGGGAGGUGUCCCUGCCCAUGGCAGGGGAGUUGGAACUGGAUGGGCUUUGAGGUCCCUCCCAGCCCAAACCAUUUUAUGAUGCUCUGUGACUUUGCAGGCAGCGUGUUCCAAAUUACCUUUUAUUCUGUGACGGUUUGCAUUCUUGUUUGUUUUGCUGAAAUCAAACAAAAUGAUAUUUAGGUUGUUUUUUUCCCCUGAUAAAUCUGUGGGGGCUGGCGGGGGGAGGGGGGGUGGAAGGUGUGCAAAAAAGAGAAAAAUGAGAAACAUUUUGGCAAAAAGCAUGGGGAUGGAAAGAUGGAAAUAUUCUGUAAAUUAAAUAUUCUGUAAAAAAGCUGUUUAAAACCAGCCCUCAGGUGACGGGCGCUGCUUGCCUGGAUGGGCAGGAAGUGUGGAUGAGGAGCUGAGGGCUGCCCAGCCUGUGCCUGCUGGUGCCCACAAGCCCUGAUGUGUCCAGCUCAGCAGGUGGGAUCCAGGGAAGAAAGGGUAGAUCUCCUUACUGAGAGAAUCUGAGCUUGGCUCCUCUCCAGAGCAACCGCAGAUCAGGCCUGUGUGCACGGACACCCCUCCACUGCUCAGAAGAUCCCCAAAAUGAUGUUGAAUCGCUGCCCAAGGGCUCUGCCGUUGCCCAGGCUCUGUGGCUCUGGGGAGGAGAGAUGAUAGAAUAAAAAAAAAGAAGUUUCAUCCUUAACUCUGCAGUUUUCCUGUCUUUUCAUCAGUCCAGAAGUAGGGUUCCUCAGGCCUUUGUCUUCUCUGCCAGCAUCCUACCCUCACUGCUCCUCUCCUGCCCCUCUCCAGUUCUACAAGAGCAGCAAGCGAGCCAGUGAAUCUGCUCUAUCCAAGGACGAGCAGAGAGCCAAAGUAGUUCCUCCUAUUUCCUGGUCCUGUUGGACAUAAGUAGCAAACCCAGUGGCAGACUGGACAUGUCCCACUGUGCAAAAGUACCCUAUAGCACAGAAAUUCCCAUGCAUUGCUGAGCCAUGGUAGUCCCUAUCAGUCGUUCUUAUGUGUUUGCAGAAUUUCUGGAGAGGACUUGCCAGGGCGCUUGCUAUAGCACGCUAAAGCCAUGCUGAAGCAUCUGCUCGCUGCAAGGAGCAAAUCCUGGAGAAAUUCUUUGAGAGUGAGUGGAAGAGUGACAGCCAGUAAGACCCUCUCUGCUAGCACAGCCCCCUCCCACAGUCCCAUGAACAAUCCCACUCCCUGGCCCUGGAGCAGGAAAAAACUCAGAUCUGCCGUAACAUCUUUGCACCUGCAGCUCUGGAACCCCUUGGUAGAGCAAGCUCAUGCACCAGCUGCCAGGGAAGCCCUUCCUCCUGCCACAGCUGCCCCGCCGGGGCACUGCUGGGGGGCUCGGUCUCUGCAGGGCUCCAGUCUGGACUCCUGGAGACACCACAGAGCCUCCAGGAGCCCCAAGGGUCAAAGCACGGCUCAGAACUUUGACUUGUCAGUUGACUUCAUGUCAUGCUGUUGCCUUUGAUGGUGUCUCUAAAGCCGUCAGUGGAAGUUUUGAGCCUGUCUGAGACAGGUUUUAUUCAGCUGGCUCUUUCCUGAGUCUUCCCUCCGCCCCCGACACAUUCCUUUCAGGCAGGGGAAUCUGAAGAGCCUGUGUAUUGCACCAAGGCUCGGUCUUCGCCCACGCUCCCUGGACAGCAGGAAAGGCUCCAUUUUUCUCAUGCUUUCAGUUUAUUACCAUGAGGAGAGCUGCCGGGCAGGUUUGCAGUGAGAGGUCAUGCUUGGACAUGGGGGCUGGAGAACAAGACUUAUGAGAAGUGGCUUAGGGAACUGGGGUUGUUCAGCCUAGAGAAGAGGAGACUGAGUGGAGAACACAUCACUGUAUACAACUGUCUGAAAGGAGGUUGUGGAGAGGUGGGUGUUGGUCUCUUCGUCCAAGUGAUAGGUGAUAGGACAAGGGGGAAUGGCCUCAAGCUGCACCAGGACAGGUUCAGAUUGGACAUUAGGAAAAAUUUCUUCACUGUAAGAGUUACUAAGCACUGGCAGAGGCUGCCCAGGAAGGUGGUGGAGUCCACAUCCUUGGAGAUGUUUAAAAGAUGGGUAGAUUAAGUGCUUAGGGAUAUAGUUUAGUAGUGGGUGGGUGUGGUUGGACUUGAUGAUCUCAGUGGUCUUUUCCAACCUAGCAAUUCUCUGAUUCUAUGACAUUUCUAGGGCAGCACUGAGGCCCCAGAGAAGCCCCAUGAGAGCAGGCGGGUCCCCAGAGGGAAGGAGGUCCACCCAACAGCUUCUCACCCAAUAGAGGGAUGGGGUUGACCUUGGGGCUGGAAGCUCUAUGGAUACUGUAGGUCAUGGGAAUGACAUGCAGGUCUUCAGAACCCAGUGGUUAAACUGUGAGACAGGGGAAUGUGGAGAAUAAGCCCUCCAUUGCCCCACACUAGUGUGGAGCACAGCCCUGACAGUUCAGUUUCUUUAAGGAACUUGGUUGAGCAACCACAUUAAAACCUCCUGGGAAUUUCAAAUAUGCUCAUGUCCAGAAAGGUCCUGGACUGGACCUUUUGCCUAAGACUCUUGCCUAAGACUCUCUGCACAGUCCCACGCUCCUGACACGGUGACCACAGGGUGAGCCAAUGAUGGGUAGACCUGCAGAGGUGUAGCCGCAAGGACCACAUCCAGAUGGGGCAUCCCCAUCCAUGCUGUCAUGGAUUCUCUGCAGGGAGCAGACAGCAGGACUCCCUGCUUCAAACCAGGGGGAAACCUCCAGACACCUCCAAACCUGCCACGGCUGGGAUGAAAGAUAGGUGCUGAGCAGAGAAGGGCCAGUAUGUGAAAAGGCUUUUUUUGCUCAUUCAUUUCUGACUCUCCCUCCAUGAUGGAUUCACCCAUCCCUGAGUGGGGUGUUUUCCUUGAGGGCUGCAUGGACAGUUUCUCUGGCAGGGACUGCAGUAACACUCGUGCUAUCAGGAGGCAAAAUCAGCUAACAACUCCAUGCCACAGGCCUUUUGGGUGGGAAGCUCGAAACUGAAGGAGGGAUGUUCUCUGGGCUGGGACCUGGUAAAGAAAGAAAACAUUUUCAGGCAGAAAUUACGCAGGAGAAUUGAGGAGCCAUGAAUUUUUCAAUGGUAUGAGGAGGAGCUACAAUGGAGUAAUUAUAAAAAGCAGCGAUCUUCCUCCG